CGCCGCUUCCGCCGGCUCAGCCUCUCGCGCUCUGUCUGGCCUGCUGCCGUACAACAAGAUGGCGGCGCUCGCUGCCGGCUGAGCGGCGUCGGAGGAAUUUGCUUCAGGAAGCCUGUGUUAUUAUCUGCUACAGUUUCAGGAAGUUGAUUUUUCUCCCUAAAGAGGGGACCUAUGAUGUCUGUGGUACAUCAACUGACAGCAGGGUGGCUUCUGGACCAUCUGUCUUUCAUCAACCAGUGUGGCUAUGAGAUCUGUGACUCCCUUGCAUACACUGGUGAUGUCACCACCAGUCUUUCUGUCAGUUCUACUAAUGACCAUCCUACUUCUUCAUUUGCUACCACCUCUUCAAGUGAUGGUCCCGGUGAUGCUGUAGAAACAGAAGGUAAAACAGCAAGAACAAGAUAUGUAUUUCGGGAAGAAUUCUUUCACAUUUCUAAGGCCCAUAUAGCUGCAGCUCCUGAGGAACAGCUGUUGCAGGGAAGCCCUGAGUUGAGUAUCACAGAAAUGAAGGCCAGCAGCAGAGCAGAACACCAAGAAGGAACUAAAUGUGGUGUCAAGGAUUCCGUUGCUGGUGCUAAGAAGAAGCGUAAAAGAAAAUGUGUAUUCAACCAAGGUGAACUGGAUGCUUUGGAAUACCAUACUAAGAUCAGAAAAUUCAUUUGGGAAGGCACUUUGUGUUUAGUCCAAGAGGGACUCAAAAGUGGUUUUCUUCAUCAUGCUGCUGCAGCACCCAGUUGUGGGAAGAACGUUGUUCUUGGACGCAUUGACUGUGGGUUGGCUGAAUUAUGUGAAAUGGCAAAGCAAUUUCCAGCUGUAAAUGAUGGUGAUCAUCAAGCUGUGAAUGUGCUAGAUGAUGAAACCACCACACUAGAGCAUGACCUGCUUUCAUGUGUUACAGAGAACAACUCAAACUGUGCAAAGAUAGUUGUAUUAAUGGGACAGAAGUACUUGGUGCCACCGAAGAGCAGUUUCCUUUUAUCUGAUAUUUCAUGUUUACAACCUCUGCUGAACUACAAGAAGAAAUAUGAUGUAAUUGUGAUCGAUCCACCAUGGGAGAACAAAUCUGUUAAAAGGAGUAACAGGUGAGCUUUAUUGUAAAAUU